AUGCCACGGAACUUUCCAUCUUCUGGAUUCAUAUUACUCGACUCAUCCUUACGUAUUGAAGAAGAGACAUUACCAACAUAUCAGGGCCGGAAAUAUUAUCCCGUCCAACAGGGCGAAGUGCUCAACAACCGAUAUCAGGUAUUAGCCAAAUUAGGCUAUGGAGUCACUUCCACUGUAUGGUUUGGUCGUGACUUGGUAAAUUCCAGCUACGUUGCUUUAAAAAUAUACGUGACAGGUGAGAAAAGAGACCAUGAACUGAAUAUCUAUCGUCACAUGAACUCAGCAGAGUUCAAACAUCCAGGUAAAAGCCUCAUUCGAAAGUUACUCGAUCAUUUCAUUAUCACGGGUCGCCAUGGGCAACACAUUUGUCUUGUUCACGAACCUCUAGGAAUAAGUGCGAGUGAGCUGCUGAAAUAUUUUCCUGGAAAUGCGGUAACUCUUGAGGAUAUGAAAGUAUGCAUCCGAGAGUUACUCAUUGCGUUAGAUUUCUUGCAUUCUGUAGCUGGUGUGAUUCACACGGAUCUUCAGCUGAAGAACUUGCUUCUGCCCACACCAAAGCCAGAGGCGCUUUUGAAGUUUGAAGAAGAGGAGAUAAGGAUGCCAUCAGCACGAAAGGUGCUUCAAGACCGUAUUAUCUACAGAUCCUCCCGCUUCCCUCCUGGAGACGGACUACCACUUCUUAGUGACUUCGGCGAAGCACGACUUGGCGAUGAGAAACAUAACGAAGAUAUUAUGCCAAAUCUUUACAGGUCUCCUGAAGUGAUUCUAAAAGCAAGCUGGGAUUAUAAGGUUGAUAUCUGGAGUGUCGCUAUGGUUGCGUGGGACAUUGUGAGCUCAACCACACUCAUAAAAGGCAGAAAUACAGAUGGAAUUUUUGAUGAUCGUGUCCAACUUGCAGAACUAGUUGCACUCUUAGGCUGUCCACCACCUGAGUUCCGCGAACGAAGUCAUCUCAGUUCUGUUUUGUGGGACAACUCCGGCACCUGGAAAGGAUUAGCCCCCGUUCCUGAUAUUACCUUGGAAUCUUUGGCUAUCGAUAUCAGAGGCGAAGACAAAGAUGGGUUUCUGCGAUGGAUUCGACGGGCUUUGCAAUGGAAUCCUUCUGACCGACCGACAGCGCUGGAGUUUUUGUAUGAUGAGUGGUUGAUGAAGGGACUUGAGUUAGGGAAACGAAAAGGGACCGAUUAA